AACAAACCGGCUCAGUUUCACCGAGAUGAAACAAAAGUAAAACACAAAUCACGCGCAUACACGACAAAUUACACUUGCUGUCUCAGUCGCAGUGUCGGCCGAUAAAUAAAACACCGCAAUUUUCUCGUCUUUCCCCGCAAUCAACUCUGUCUGCAGACCACGUGUACUCUCACUUUUAUUUGCUUCAAAAUUUAUAAAAUCCAAAUAACAGUAAAACAAAUAUUUCACACACUUCUUUUUCACUAGAAAUUCUACUAUGUUAUAACAAAAUGAGCUGGGAAAGAGACAACUGAAAACCAUGUUUAGCCGUGACAUUUUGAACUUCUUGAUCAAGAAAGAUGUUAGAAAAAUUCUGAAGCGCAAGGAUAGUGAUGCUGGUGAAAAGGGGAGGGCUCUAGAAGAGCUGCAAGCCUCUUUGUUUAACAGAUUUCGGUCUUCGGAGGGUGCCAAGCGUAGUGAACAACAUAUAUUUGGCCCCAUUGUUGCUCUUACAUUCAACUUUGUGGUUGCAGUUGGCAUUAUUUUUAUGAACAAAUGGGUUCUUAAAAAUGUUGGGUUCCACUUCCCAAUUUGCCUCAGCUUUUUACACUAUUUAAUGAGCUGGACCUUGAUGGCCAUUUUAAAUGCUUUUGGUCUCCUUCCAUCGUUUCCUGCCUCAAAAUCGAGCCGUUUAUCUUUAUUCACUCUCGGUUUUGUUAUGUGUUUUUCUACCGGCCUUGCUAAUGUUAGCUUGAAGUACAAUAGUGUGGGGUUUUAUCAGAUGGCCAAGAUUGCUGUUACACCAUCCAUUGUUUUGGCAGAAUUUUUAUGGUACAGAAAGAAAGUUUCUCUCUUAAAGGUGAUUACACUUACUGUUGUGUCCAUUGGUGUUGCUGUUGCUACUGUAACUGAUCUGCAAUUUAGUCUCUUUGGUGCUUGUGUGGCAUUGGCAUGGGUAAUUCCUAGUGCAACUAACAAGAUACUGUGGUCCAAUAUGCAACAACAAGAAAACUGGACUGCCUUGGCGUAUGUUAUGUUAAUGUGGAAGACAACACCAAUCACUAUGCUUUUCCUUGUUUCUUUGAUUCCUAUCUUAGAUCCUCCUGGUGUCCUCUCCUUUGACUGGAACCUCACUAACACAUUGGCAAUUCUUAUGUCUGCUUUUCUUGGCUUCUUGCUUCAGUGGUCUGGUGCUUUAGCUCUUGGGGCAACAUCAGCUAUCUCACAUGUGGUCCUCGGACAAUUCAAAACCUGUGUUAUACUUCUUGGAAAUUACUACCUCUUUGGUUCAAAUCCAGGCACAACCAGUAUUUAUGGAGCGUUUGUAGCUAUUGCGGGUAUGACUUUUUACACCUACCUUAAUUUAUACAAUAAGAAGCCACAAUCAGGUAAACCGUCUCCAAGAAAUGGUUCCUUUUUACCCAAAUCAAAACUGAGCAAAGAAAAUGGGGGAAACCAUGAUGUUUAUGGUACUGAAACUGUUUAAUAACGUGCAUAUCGUGCUUGAGCAAUGAGAAAUUUCAUCGGAUCAUGCAUUCAUAAUCCUUAAAUCACUUCCAGGAUACUUUGCUUAUGUUUAUCUUAAUGUGAUUUUAAUUAGUUUUAGUUUAGAUCUAACCAAAGUGUGAAAUUUGGCUGGAUUAAUUGCUGAUGUUUUUUACAGCACAAAAUUUAGAAGGGCUUGUUUGUAGAUUGUGGAGUUGUUUGGUAAUCUCUUCUCUGGGCUGAAUCAUUGUACAUGUAAAUUAUUUGAGAGAUUGUUUCCACUGAUGCAAGCAAUUUUAUCACUCUUUCAUAUAUGUAUUCUUUGUGCUUUAUUUAAUUAUUUAAUUUUCUCUU